AUGCAGAAUGUUUCAUCAAGAAUCAUCAAUGGUUCAGUGGACACAGAGUUUCUUCUCUUGGGUUUCUCUGGCCCAUGGCUGUUUCAACUCCUGUAUGCUGGGAUUUUCACAGUGAUUUACGUGGCAGCUGUCUUGGGGAAUGUUCUAGUCAUCACUGUCACUUCCUUGGACCCCUGUCUCCACGCACCCAUGUACUUUUUCUUAAGGAUCCUGUCCAUCUUUGAUCUAUCCCUCAUUUCAGCUGUGGUGCCAAAAACUAUCGCUAACUCCAUCACCCACCAAAACUCCAUCUCUUUCCUUGGCUGUGUGGCUCAGGUCUUUCUGGUCCUAUUUUCAGCAGACACGGGGCUUUGCCUCCUUACAGUCAUGUCCAUUGAUCGCUAUGCUGCCAUUUGUCAUCCUCUGCACUAUGAAGUCAUCAUGAACAGAAGCACAUGUAUGCAGAUGGCCACUUUUUCCUGGCUCAACAGUGUCGUGAUAUCGGCUAUACACACAAUGAGUACCUUUUCUUUGUCUUACUGUGGACAGCAUGAAAUCCACCAGUUUUUCUGUGAUAUUCCCCAGUUGCUAGCUAUUUCUUGUUCAAAGCAUAUCAUUGUAGAAAUUGUUCUUAUUCUCAUUAAUGUGGUACUUGAUUUUUGCUACUUUUUCUGUAUCAUAAUCUCCUAUAUCUAUAUCUUCUCCACGGUCAGGAAGAUUCCAUCUGCAGAAGGCCAGGCUAAAGCCUAUUCCACUUGCCUCCCUCACCUAACAGUUGUAGCUCUAUUUCUCUCAACUGGUUUUAUUGCUUACCUGAAACCUACCUUAGGGUCUUCAUCAUCUACUGACCUCAUUCUAUCUGCUUGCUAUAUUGUGUUACCCCCUUCCCUUAACCCAGUCAUAUACAGCCUAAGAAACAGAGCUAUGAAGGCAGGGUUGGAAAAACUGAUCAGAAGAAAACUUUUGUCUAAACAGAAUAUUCUUCUGUUUCUUCAAGACUAA